UGGCUAGCAAAACUCAUGCGUAGAAACACGUUAUCGGGUCUAACGGUCGUCUCGCGACAAAUCACAGGCAAAAAUUGUUUUGACGAAAAUUAAAACGUUUCAGUUUGUCACGAGGUUGGAGUAAUAAUAUGUUCAACUACUUAAGAUAUUGGUUCGAAUCUAGCGCGUGCUUUUAGAUUUCGAGAAAAUUAAGAACUAAUGAAGAAUUGUUCACUUCUCUCCUUGACUUGGUUGUGGCGAGAGUCAAACCUCUCACUUCGCCUUUUCCUCUGGUGAAACUUAAAUCUCGGGCGGGAACAAGUUCACGUUUUAGUUUGCCGGUUGGCGAGCUAGGCAAACAAAUAUAUUUGGAGCUAACAGCAUUCUUUACAUUUGUAUAUUGAAAAGAUACCUGGAGCCAGAAGAACGGUUGCGCACGACAGCUAACAGUAACUUCGUUUGGUCGAGGAGGAUGAUGAUAUCCAAGGGACAGAAGCGCAAACUCCAUGAUGAUGUCGUGGGGGGCAUGCGUAGCGCCACUUGGGAGAGCCAGCGGCAAUCAGUGCUGGUCAUCUCCCUCGACAAGUACCACCGCGGGAAGGCACUGGUGGAGCCUAGUUUGCGCCGCUCCGUGUUGAUAACCAACACCCUUCGGCAGAUACACAUAGAAAACAAGCCUCCAUCUGGGUUAGUUAACCUGUCAGGACCUGUGCCACCCAUGGUCCCAUCUAACCCCUGCACCCACCGGGAGUCUGGUCUGGGUGUUGUAAACAAUGUCGAGGACAUGGAAGAGGUCUGGAUGUCCUCAGAGAGUGACUUCUCCCUGUCAGCUGCUGUCUCCUCCAUCCUGAAAGAACUAGACUUGGCCGUUGAUGGAGGGCCAGGGCCUCAGGCACCUCAGAGGACACCUUUCAUGUCCAUUGAGAACCUACCUGGAGACCUGGGGUUCAAACAGGCCCCCACAUGGCACUGGAGUUCUGAGUGGCGCCCUGAGGGUUCUAGAACCUCAGAGGGGGUGGCAUUUGGUAGUGUGGAGGAGGUCAUGCAUUCCAGCUACCUGCAGGAUGUGAAACUGGAUGAACUUUUCCAUGACAUUGACACAUCUGUGUUUGACAGGGAGAUGGGGGUUCGAGCACUCUCUGCUGCAGCCAGUGACGAGCUGCUUAAGUACUUACCCUCUCUGUCCUCCGUUCCGUCCACUUCGCCCUCUCCCUUCUCCCUCAACCAGAGCUUCAGGGACCUGAAUGAGCUGGAGCACAUCAUGGAAAUACUGGUAGAGUCUUGAUCACCAGAACGUUGAGGAAAUUAUUACAUUAUAAAGAGAACAAGACGUUGAAAUGUAGUGUUUACUCUGUCCAAUUGAUCACAUGGAUUAAUGACUGAAAUGCGCUGUUUUUAUACAAAAGAAGAAAAGGCUGAAUGAGAGACUAGCAUACGUUUUCUAUUAGUGGUGUUUUAAAUGUUACAUGUACAUGUAAUAUCCCUUAUGCCUAGCUAUAAGAAAUCCCUUUCAUUGGUCUCACUCUAGUAAGUAAGUCACAGGUUAAUUUUGAACACAUUCUCACAUCCUUCAAUAUCACAAAAGUACAUCUGAACUACAAUAAUACUGCAUUGUAUUUGUUAGUAUGUUCUUUAGUAGUAGUCUACUUUGCCUAACCAGUAUGCAUAAUUAGGCUACACAUUGAGCUGUGCCACUAACUUACAGCUAGCUUCAGCCAUUAGGAAAUACAAAUAUUACCUUAACACGAGUUACUGGCUGUGAAAUGUCAUGGUGCUUACCAGUAGUUCAAUAUCCGGUUAUAACAGCUGGAGAUAAUAUAGAGGAAUUCCUCAAUUUGGUUCUGUUGUGUGUGCAAUGAUGUCUAAGGGGGAAAAUUGUGUUUGCUUACAGUAACUUGGUUGUUGUAAUAUUCCAAACGGAUGUGGCAGUUUCAUCAUUAAGAAUUUCAUUAUGAAAGAAAAUGUCUAACCAGUGUCAGAAAUGGUUCAAAUGAUGAGUUAUUUAUAGAAACAUCAUAGUUAAAUGUUCAGCUAAAUAUGUAAUCUUUAUGUUACACAAUUGGUUUGUUUUAUAUUCUUGUUUAUAUAGUGUAUUUUUGGCUUAAUGCCCUGAAAAAGGAAAUUAUGCUGACAUUUUACAAUAAAAGACAUGUAAGUGCACUGUCUAAUUAAUGCCCGUUGACGUAGCAUAAAUUCUGAAAUUAAAUAAUUAAAUGGGUUUGUGCCAAUCUUUUCGAACAGUUACACUUGUCUAAACUGUGCGACAGUAGAAUCACACCUCUUCGGUGGGGAUCCUGCUGCAGAACACUAGCAAGCAGCCAGAGAAAAAUACUCAGUGUACGGUGUUGACCCCUAGUGGACAUAAGUGUCAGAACAAUGCAAGUGCAGCUGGAUCAUGUGCUGUUGAAUUGUUAAAGUGCAUGUGAAAAGUUUAAUAAGUUUGUAGCAACUGAUAAUGUAUUAACUAACUGCCAAUAAUGUAAUCGCUGCUAAUGUAAUAACUUUUGUAUUUAUAAUGUAAUAAAUAUACUGAACGCAUAACGUGAUAGCGUUUUUGCGCGUAAUGUAAUCAUUAUUACAUUAUGCAUUGAUUGCAGACAUUAAAACCAAUAGAUAGCGAUAGCGCUGACGACAUCUAAGUAUUCCUAUGGAAAACUCCUGGUGGCUCAUAAAGACGAAAGAAUUUGAAUUUCAAGCGUGCCAUAUUGGUGAAUGGGCCCAGAGAAAGCAGGAGACGGAAUCUCAUUGGGUAAUGAAUUGAACGUUUAACGCCUCACCCAGCAGACGCUACCAAUCUCGUUCACGUUGUUAUGCAGCGUCACACGGUUGCUAAAAUAAUCAUCACACAAUCUCUUCUCAAUGUCAGGGUAUGAGUCGAGAAACGGCUAUUUUCCUCGACAGUACUUAAUGUCACGACUCCAAAGCUAUAUAGUAUUACAUAUAGCAAGUUAAAUAGCUCAUAUCAUGGAAACUAUUAGUAAUAUUGUACAUCUUGUUGACGAAAUUCAUGCUAAUGUUUACUUUUUGAGCUUGCGCCCAAUUGACUCCCAUUCACCCAUUGAAGGAGGAGCGCUUAUUGUCCCAUAAUAAUAGUCCAGCAUCGUGGCCCAGUGCCUUAGUAUGGGCAACGUUUUCCAUCUCCUCAAAGUAUAUCUGCCCUUGCGAAUGUCAGACUCCACUCUGUGAGGCUCAUCAAUCUGCAGGUUGAACAUGGUGAGACUAGACUCCUAAAUUGAUAGUGUAGUUUGUUUAAGCGAUUUCACAGCUAAAUAGCUACUUUACAUGAUGAUAUUGUCUUUGGUAUUAUUGUGUGUAGCCAGCCCAUAGAGCAAGCAUUGCAUUGUGAACUUUGUAGUCGACUUGAGCUGCAACAGAUUUCCACAACGAUGUUCCAUAUUGCUACCAACCUUAUUAUAAUGCCAUAAUGAA